GCUAGAACGAUGGCGUCUCAUAUGAGUGAUAGGUUACUAUGGCUGUGUCUAGGUGCCUCGCUAUUAUUCGCUGUGCGCGGGAUUACUACCGACCUUCGCCGCGUGAACGAGUUGACGGAGAUUAAAAAUGUUGAGAAGGACGAUAAGAUGAUCAGUGAGGGCACAGAAGAUGCCCUGAAACUAGAUACAUUGUUGAAACUCUCCAACAGCACAAGCUACGAUCUUCGUUCUGCUGCGUUGCGCAUAAUCGCCGAGAGAUCUACAAAAGGCGACACCCGGGAUUUUCUUCUGAGUGAUCUAGCCAGCAAGAAUCCAGAGCGACGUGGCAAGGCGCUCACCGCAAUGUACUUUUUAGUAUCCAACCGGGCUCUAUCUCGGACUUCCGUGUGCUCCCGAUUGAAAGAUCUCUCCACAUACAUUGCCCUUGUCGACUGUCUUUGCAAUUUUCUAGAUGAACAUGUUGAAGAGACCUCCGACACAAUCUCGCCGAUCUUCCCAAAAACGCGACCGUUUGGGGAGAAGAAAGCUUUAAGUACACUAAACAUACUUCUUCCGGAAAAUAUUACCGCUGCGCUAGAGGCUGGGGUUGUGAGUCGAUGGCUCUCUAACUAUCCGUUUCCAUGCGCCUUGACCGAGCCCUCUCGACGACGGGAUGUCGUGAUCCUCAUGAAGACAUGGUGGUCCGAUGAUGCAGUAAUGAGUUCCAUUUUUGCCACACUCUCGUCACACCCGGACGGCGCGAAACAGCUUCGAAAACACGGUUUGAUGGGUAGUAUGAUAGAAGAGAAUGACCAUGACGAUGAGGAAAGCGACGUGUGGAUGGUUGAUGGAGAUGAUACUGCUGGCUCGAGACGGAUUCCUGGCCGACGACGUCGAGAUCGCAACCCGGAGGAACAGGCCGUUAGGAGACGCAGGAGGGAAGCAAUGGUACUGAGUGACGGAAGACGUCCACUUGGGAACGACGACAUCAUACAGUUUCCUAUUUCCGACUGAUGGGC